GGGAUAAUAUGUUGUGAGAUAUUGUCGUUUACAUCGCUCUUCAUCAUUCACUUUAGACCAACAGAUACUCUGUGAUAAUUAUAAACAUUAUAAUUCUGAUUAUUCCAUAAGAAAUUAGUUUGAUGUCAUCUUCACUUUGGAUUUUUAAAAAAAGUGAGUUACUCUGUGCACAACUUCCCCUGAGACAAUAAGACAAUAAACUGGAAACAAGUGGUUAAGAAGUUCCAAGUUAAAAGUUGAAGUUAUGAUUAUUAAUUUUUUCUAAUACAUGGCAACAGCUGCAGGUUGUCAGGUGUGUGGUCGGUGAUCGCAGCCUCAGCCAGUCUGUCGGAGGAGCAGUGACCACGCCCCCCCCCCGGUCCUCGGAGUGAGUCUAUUGGCUGCCGGGGGGGACGAUGCGGAGCCUGGAUGUGGCCUCUGUCGAGGCUUUAUACUAUUAAAACUGCCCAAACUCCGCGUUCCUCCCCUGACACUCGUGGCUGCCGCACACCUGCGCGCACCUGAACCCGCCGCGGCAUUUUCCUCCUUGUUGGGAUUCUCUCGUUCCCGCGGGGAGUGAUGAACUCCAUCGACCCCCAGUCCCAUCACCAGCAGCAGCAGCACCACCAGCAGCAGUCCCAUCACCAGCACCAGCACCAGCAGCACCACACCUCCCCGACCGUCGGCUCCCUCCCACCCAAGGGCGCGCAGGAGGCCCCGGACAUGGCCGCCGUCUACUGCGACAACUUCAGCAGCAUGUACCACCAACAGAGCCUGCCGGGCGCGCAGCGGCCCGCCGGCUACGGCCUCGGCGAUUACGCGUCGUCGCCGAACCCGUACCUGUGGCUCAACGGGCCGGGCGUCAACGCCCCCGCGUCCUACCUGCACGCCAGCAGCCCGGCGUCCUUCAUCCCGCCCGCCUACGGCGCGCAGCGGCCGUUCAUCGCCAACUCCCCUGGGUUCGGCGCGCCCGACCUGGGCUGGCUGUCCAUCGCCAGCCAGGAGGAGCUGCUGAAGCUGGUGCGCCCGCCCUACUCGUACUCGGCGCUCAUCGCCAUGGCCAUCCAGAACGCGCACGAGAAGAAGCUGACGCUGAGCCAGAUCUACCAGUACGUCGCCGACAACUUCCCCUUCUACAAGAAGAGCAAGGCCGGCUGGCAGAACUCCAUCCGGCACAACCUGUCCCUGAACGACUGCUUCAAGAAGGUGCCGAGGGACGAGGACGACCCAGGAAAAGGAAACUACUGGACGUUGGACCCAAACUGUGAGAAGAUGUUUGACAAUGGAAAUUUCCGCAGAAAAAGGAAAAGACGGUCAGAUCCGAGCAGCGUAGGAGGAGGGGCGGCGCUGGCAGCGGGGCCCACCAAAGCCGAGGACGGGAGGCCUGCGGCGGGGUCGGCCCCACUCAAGGCCCCAGACAGCCCUCAGCUCCUGGGGCCCGCCUCCCCGGAGAUGGAGGCGCUGAACGAAGGCCACAAGAGCUCGUCGUCCUCGUCGCCGCCGCUGGCCGGACUGGCGUCGUCCGCGCCGUGUUUCAACAACUUUUACAGCAGCAUGUCGACGCUGAGCUCGGGGGGCCCCGGCCGGCAGGGGUCCCUGGGGCUGGUGAACGAGCUGUCCAGCAGGAACAUUACGGCCCUGAGCCCGUACCACCCCGGCCACGGCGGGCAGGACACGGGGCCGUCGGAGCACGGCGAGGGCUUGCAUUUCAACCGCGGAGUGUACUACAACGCGUUCGGCGGCGCGCAGGGCGGACAGUUCAACGGCCACUUCUACAACAGCUUCAGCGUCAACAGCCUGAUUUACCCGAGGGAAGGGACCGAGCUAUAGGAGCUGCUCCUCCGACCCCUUGGGGAACUUCUCAUCCCUUUUUGAAACACACACACACACACACACACACACACACACACACACAGACUCGACACAUAUCCGUCCCCCGUCACUGGACGGAUCUGAGAACACUGAGUAUAUCUCACGCUCGAUGCGACUCGACGAGCUCUCAAACCGCGGAAACAGGAGCCAGGAAGUCAAAUGAAAAAUUAGCACUUCACUUUUUUUUCCAUUCAAAGCUCUUAUCUCAAAUUUUAUAUUUGCAAAAUAAGAACACCACUGUAACUAUUUUGUUUCUCUUUUUUAUGACUCUAUUUGACAUGUUUUUCAGCAGAAACUUUUUCCCAUGGUCGUGUUAUUGUCAUAACUCCCCCGUCAUGUGUUUAAAUGUACAGCACAUUUGAUUAGAUAUUUUUUUUCCCCUCCAGUGAUGCCAAAUCUAGCCCAUGUUUCUGUGGAGCAGCUACAUUCUUACAGUGGAUUACAUAUUUUGUAUUCAUAAUCAACACAGAUCUGCCAAAGUUGCCUUUGAGAGAGAGAGAGAGAGAGAGAGAGAGAGACACCGCCAUUACCUCAAAACAACGUUCACCAGAGGGUUUACAUGUAUAUUCACACAAGUCUAUAUGAAAAAUGCAGCAAUAAUUAAUAAUCCAACACAAACAUGAUCCAAAAACAGGCCACUGCCUUACUUUUCUCUUUUUUUUAUAUCCUCCACUUUGACUGAAACAAUAAGCACUAAGGCUCGUGUAAAUACUUUAUAAAUGUGUAUUUUUGUAAAUUAUAAAAGAUAGUUUGUGACUAUUUAUGCUAUUUAUGCUAAUAGGCAUCGUUGUUGUUUUUCUACUGUUGUCUGAUCAUAAUUUGAUUUAAAAUCAGAAGUGAACGAUUUCCAAAAAAUGUGCCGAAAACAGUAUCAUUGAAACCCAGACGUCAUAUAUGUAUAUAUAUAUAUAUAUAUAUAUAUAUAUAUAUAUAUAUAUAUAUAUACAUAUAUCAUAUAUAUACAGAAAAAAAAUCUAUCCUCUGUGUCAUGGUUUCUCUCAGGAUUCAAACGUGACAAUCAUUGAAUGGCUUUUGUAUCUAUUAUUGUC